AUGAAAAUUCAUCCCUUUAAACACAAGGAGGAUAAUGAGACAUUACAUACCUGGAGUAGUCAGAGGCAAUUUACAGAAAUGGGAUCUUAAGUUGGCCUGAUACAAACUCAUAGUGGAUUUCUACAACCCAUAAAUAAUAACAUAAGAAAAUACAGAGCUAAAACAGUAAAAAAUUUCAUACAAUUAUCCACAACAGCUACUAUCUCCCCCACUAAUUCUCAGCGGCAAGACAGGAAGCUAUAAUUUUAAAAGCUAAUCAGGAAGAUCAUUAAUGCCUAACACUUCAUAGAAGAACUAAGGAAUUAUGCUGAACAGUUGAGGACUCAAAAUUUACGCUAUGCCUACAAAAGAAGAAGCCUAUUACCUCUAUUUCCAGAUGAUAUCCCUUAUAUUAUAUGGGGAUUAAUUAUAAAUUUAUGCACUGAUUUUGCAGCAAUUUUAUUUCCCUUGCAAGUUGCAUUCGACUUUGAAGGAGUAGGCAGUCAACUAACAUUGGCAAUACAAAUAAUAUUUUGGUUGGAUCUAAUCAUGAAUUUUUUUAUUUGUCACGUCAAUAAAUAACUUGAUUUGAUUUACAACUUUAAGGAUAUUGCUUAACAUUAUUUAAGUGGUUGGUUUAUGUUUGACCUAAUCUCAGUACUCCCUGAUUUUAAUUUAACUGGACUCAAAAUAUUAAAACUAAUUAGAUUAUUUCGAUUUUUCCUAUUUGAAAGAAGAGUCGCAUACAAUUAAUCCCUUGAUCUUUUGAAACAUGAAUAUAAUCUGGAUUUGAGACUCAAGAAGUUGAUGAAGAUAUUUAUGGAAAUGAUAGUACUCAAUCACUUAUUUGCUUGUUUGUGGUUGUGGAUUUGCAGAUUCAACGAGAAUACAAACUGGUUAUCUUAUUAUAACUUUAAUGAGAAGGAUCAAUUCACUCAAUUGGUCUAAGCCUUCUUUUGGGCGUAUCAAACUAUAACAGUAAUAGGCUAUGGGGAUAUCGAGGCCCAUAAUUCUGAUGAAUACUUACUUGUAAACAUUUGGAUGCUAAUAGGAGUUGGAUAUUAUUCAUUCACUAUCGGAAACAUCACAUUCAUUUUGAUUUAAUCCAAUCCCAACUAAGAAUUUGACGAUUAACUAUUUAAUUUGGAAGACAUAAGUGUAAACAUGCCUGAAUGGAUGCAAGAUGACCUGUUUAGAUUUACAAAAUAUAAUAUUCAGUACAAUCCCUUCUGGGCUGACGAUGCUAAGAGGAUACUUUCUGAAUUGCCACACCCAUUAAUUUUGUAUAUGAUGGCAGCUGUCCACAAAGAAAUAUUUAGAACCAUUCCUUUUAUGUCUAAUGACAUUAACUUCUCUGCAGCUAUAUUACCCAAUUGUUCCUUAGCCUGCUAUUAACAAUUUGAAACUAUAUAUCAUAUAGGAUAAAGUGCCAAUGAUUUCUAUUUUCUUAUCAAAGGAGAUGUGAGAUUAUGUGAUGCACAUGGAGAAUCUAUCAUAAGCGUAAUGGAAGGAACAUGCUUUGGUGAGAUUGAAUCAAUUGAAUAUACACCAAGAUGCUGGAGUGCUUUGGCAUUGCAGGAGAGCAUUGUUUUGAUGUGUUCUGCUCAUUUCUUUUCUGAAUAACUAUAAAAUGAAUCACCUUAAUUUUUUGAAUUGCAAUAAAUGUACAAGAGAAGAAAAAUAAUACUAUUUCAAUAAGCCAAAUUGAAGCGCUAAAAACUCAACAAAAUUAGACGAGGACAUGCUAUUAAUGAGAAUUAGUAUUUAAACCGAAAAAAUACGAUUGCUUAACAAUUGGAUAAUUUGAAAUAAAAGUUUGAUAAUCGUCCAUACUAAAGUGUUUAACAAGAUCUAAUGUUAUAAAUUGUAGGCUAAAAAUAAGCUAGAUUUGAAAUUAUUAGAGAAAGGUUUGUAAAAGCUAUUUCUAAAGUUAAGUAUUAUGUCUAGAAAUCUAAAAAAAUUUAAAAUAUUUCUGUGGAUGAUCCUGAUUAUCGAAUUAUUCAAAGCUUAAUAAACAAUAGAGUUGUUAAUAGUGCUUGGAGCAAAUAAAAAUCAAAAAAGUUUGGCUAAAAACUCUUGAGCAAUUUUGUUAAAGUUUGCGACGAUGAAGAAAUGAUUAAGUCUUUCAUAUUGAAGAGUAAAUAAGAAUCCAUCGAUAGAAUUAUGAGAAAGAAGUUGGUUCAUAUUAUUAGAAACAUUGCCAAAUUUUAAAAGAAGGAAAAAGUUGACAAAAAUAAGAUUGAUCUAUUUUAUGGAAAAUGUCAUUCAUUAAUUUAUGAAGAAAUCAAGUCUGAAAAAUUAGAAGAACGCAAAAAACAAAAAUAGAAAUUAGAAAGUAUUUAGUAAGAAAAACGAAUAAGAACACAAAUCUAAGCUUUGAAUUCCAAUUUUAAGUUACUGUAAAAAUUUUAAACUUCAAUAUCUAUGGCUAUUUUCGAAAUUAAUCAACAUGAAUUUGAAAUAGAUGCUCUUAUAUCAGAACUCAAACAAUAAUUAUUAUUAGUUUAAAUUUGA